AAAACAUUCGCCAAAAACAACUCAACAAAUAGUAUAUGUUUUAGCAUUAAAUUAAUAUUUUCGGAUUCAAAGUGCCUCAAAAUCUAGGCUGUUGAUCAAUUAUAUAAGUGAAUUCACAAAUUAUAAAGAGUUAGUGCAAAAUGCAAGCCAUUAAGUGUGUGGUAGUUGGCGACGGAAAUUACUUUAUUAUUAAAAGUUUCGAUAAUUAUUCGGCUAAUGUUACGAUUGACGGAAAGCCCGUAAAUCUGGGCCUUUGGGAUACGGCUGGUCAGGAGGGUUACGAUCGAUUGCGAAUACUCUCCUAUCCACAGACGGAUGUGUUUCUAAUCUGUUUCUCUCUCGUAAAUCCGGCCUCAUUUGAAAACGUCAGGUCAAAGUGGUAUCCAGAGGUGAGCCAUCACUGCCCGCAGACACCCAUCGUAUUAGUGGGAACUAAACUGGAUCUGAGAGACGACCCGAAGAUCAACGACAAACUCAAGCUCCGAAAGCUGCGGCCCGUGUCGUACGCGCGGGGAUUGUCAAUGGCUAAGGAUAUCGGCGCCACUAAAUACCACGAGUGUUCGGCUCUCACCAAAAAAGGCCUUAAGAAUGUGUUCGAUGUGGCCAUCCGUGCCGUCCUCUGCCUCCGGAGAGGGCCCCAAAGGCCACACAAGUGCACUCUUGUUUGAGUGACAAUUGUUGUGUAGUUUUAAUGUGAUGUUCACCGAUUAUUUCAAUUGUUUAGCUAACCAUUGGUUAAAUUAAAUUUACCCACAAUUAGUUUUGUUGUAAACCUAU